UGUUUAACUUCCGUGAAAUAAAGCCCGGCAUGAACUAAAACCGAAGGGAAAGCGCAGCUCAGACAGUGACAGAAUUACUUCUCUUUGAUAAACAUGCCGUACGCCAACCAGCCAACUGUUUCAAUCACACAACUCACAGAUGAAAACAUAAAGUUUAUUCUUGAGGACACUGAUUUAAGUGUUGCGAAUAGUUUACGAAGAGUGUGCAUUGCUGAGGUACCAACCAUAGCCAUUGACUGGGUCCAGAUGGAAGCCAACUCCACAGUUCUGUUUGAUGAGUUUAUUUCACAUCGACUUGGGCUGAUUCCACUCACUAGUGAUGAGGUGGUUGACAAGUUACAGUACUGCAGGGACUGUACCUGUGAGGAGUUCUGUCCAGAGUGUGCUGUGGAGUUUCAACUGGAGGUGAAAUGUCUAGAUGACCAGACACGCCAUGUCACCAGUGCAGACCUUCACUCCUCAAACAACAAAGUUGUUCCUGUGACGUCACGGCACAGAGAAGAGGCAAGUGAAUAUGAGGACACAGAUGACAUUCUGAUUGCCAAGCUACGCAAAGGGCAAGAGUUAAAGAUUCGAGCAUUCGCCAGGAAAGGUUUCGCCAAAGAACAUGCCAAAUGGAAUCCUACUGCAGGUGUAGCAUUUGAGUACGACCCUGACAAUACCAUGAGGCACACACUCUAUCCCAAACCGGAGGAAUGGCCUAAAAGUGAAUAUUCAGAAAUUGAUGAAGAUCAGACACAAGGUGCUUUUGAUGUGAAUGCAAGGCCUAACAAGUUCUACUUCAAUGUUGAAGUGUGUGGCUCCCUCAAGCCAGAAACUGUCAUAUUCUCUGCCCUUUCGAUCAUCAAGAAGAAGUUGAGCGACCUACAGACACAACUGAGUCAUGAGAUACAGAAUGAUGUCCUCACCAUCAGCUAGGGCUGUGGCAGACAUUUUGGCAACAUCAUCAUCAUUUUCAACCUGUUAUCAUCUGAAGAUCAUAUGAGAACUGUUGGUUUCAUUGUGAAAUAUAAAAUAUUCUGAUCAUCCGAAACAUGUGGUUUGGAUGUGUUAAUUUGUUUUGGCCUACGGGCGGCCAUUCCGUAAAAGAACCAUCAAUUGAAAUAGCAGUAAACAGUUUGCAAUAAUAGCCAAAAUGUUAUGAAUAAAGGUCUUUCAUUGAAACAAGUAUCAAUGAACAACCCCAACAUGACAUCAGGUAGCAAAGAAAAGACGCCUUAUGAUGUGACAUUCCUCAUAUUCCUGGACGAGGUCUAUGGACAAUUGUAUGUCUUCCCAAUGACAUUUAUCUUCGAGAUGUAUUUUGCAUUAUGCUGUGCAUCUUGAUAUUUCAGUCAAACAGGGGCACUGUUGACCAGUUGUCAUGCUCUUAGGUGCCCAAAUGUAUCCAAUACAAGGAUAAGCAGGCCGUUGUCUGGAGUAUGAUCCUUGUCAGCACCCAGCCCCUGCUUGUGUGUUUCAACGAAGUGAUAUUAUCUACGACCUUUGUCACUGUGUGUUGCUGCAACAUUAAGCUUACAUAACUGAAAUAAUCCACACUCAGUGCUCAAAACAGCAUGACAUGCUGCUCACAUUAUUGACCAUUGGUUGGCCCAGGUUGUCUUCAUGGCUGAGAUAUUGCUGACUGACAUUAAAGCUCAUUUUCUCACAAGGAUAUGUAAAUUAUGUUUUUAUGUCUUUUUAGACAUGUUAGAUGAUGUACAUGAACAAUAAGUUUCAUUGUAUACCCAUGAAGAAUUGUUGAUUUGUAAACCUUUGGUUUGUGAACAGAAUAAGGAUGUUAUUAAAAAUUGAACCAUUGAAUCAUAAAAAAAUAUUUUCAUCCUCAUAUUUUUAUGUAGAUGUUUUGGGACAUGUCUUGUAAAAUAAUUAUUUCCAUUUGUACAAUAAAGCUUUUUAUAAAGUA